AAAUCUCUGAUCUACAAAUAAGACUGAGUGGUUCAGGCAACAACAUCAGCGGACGAGUGGAGAUCUUCAAUCCAAAUUUCGGCUGGGGUACAAUCUGCGAUCAUUUCUGGGACAUUACCGACAGUGAUGUUGUCUGUCGUCAGCUGGGUUUCACUGGAGCGAAUGCAGUAAAGGAUGGAGCUCAUUAUGGUGAAGGAAGUGGUCCCAUCCUUCUUAGCAAUGUUACGUGCAAUGGUGAAGAAUGGUACAUUUGGGAUUGCUCUCAUGGUGGAUGGGGUAAAAACUCUUGUAGACAUUCGGAAGAUGCAGGUGUGGAAUGUUUGUGCAAGAAAGGCUACAUUUUUGAUGGAGCAAGAUGUGUUG